UACGUAAAGUGUGAGGAGGAGAAUGUCUCCCCUCCUCUCCGCUCUCUGGCAGUCGACAAGCUUAGCUAGUCGAUCGAUCUUCGGAGUAGGAGGAGGCCGGCAGCCAUGGCGGCGAUGCUCAAGGUCUACGCCGACCGCCUCUCGCAGCCCUCCCGUGCCCUAAUCAUCUUCUGCAGGGUGAACAAGCUCGAUUUCGAGGAGGUUACCGUCAAUCUGGGCAAGGGCCAGCACCGCACACCAGAGUUCAAGAAAAUCAACCCAAUGGGUCAAGUCCCGGCGAUUGUUGAUGGAAGAUUCAGACUCUUCGAAAGCCAUGCUAUCUUGAGGUAUCUUGCGACGGUCUUCCCUGGAGUUCCAGAUCACUGGUAUCCUGUGGACUUGUUUACUAGAGCAAAAAUCGAGUCCAUCUUGGAUUGGCAUCACUCAAAUUUACGCCGUGGUGCAGCAACCUUUGUACUGCACACUGUAUUGGGUCCUUCUCUUGGUAUGACACCAAAUCCCAAGGCUGCAAAAGAGGGUGAAAACCUGCUGGUGAGGUCACUGAAAACAAUUGAAUCUGUAUGGCUCAAAGGUGACUCAAAAUUCUUAAAUGGCAACCCCCAGCCAUCAAUCGCGGACCUCAGCCUAGUGUGCGAGAUAAUGCAGCUGGAGCUGGUGGGUGACGAGAGGCGUGACAGUAUCCUGGGACCUCGUGAGAAGAUUGGUGCUUGGAUGGAGAACGUGAAGAAGGCCACGGGCCCCCAUUUUGAGGAAGCACACGAGCUCAUCUUCAAAAUGAAGGCACGCUUGUCCGCCAAUCGCGUCAAAACAGUGUCCAAGCUCUGAACAGUUUCAUACCUUGUUGUCUGCAAACUAAGAAUGUACGCAGUAUAGUAUAUAUCACGAGGAAAGAAUAAGAGUAUCUGAGUUGUGUAUAUGUAAGAAAAUCUGCCUUACAGUUGUCCUGUCCUUUGCAGAAAACAUGAAGUAAAGCUUUUCCUGUGGUGUUUCAGCACUGACGGAUGUAUACAUUGAUUUGACCAUGCUACAAAGCAAAAGGGUGGUCCUUAAGUAUUCCACUGAGUCUAGCUGCUAUGCCGAGCUCUGCCGUGCUUCUUUACACCACCACCAGAAAAGUAAAUAUGAAUCAUUCUUUUCCGCAGAUGUAAUUGUUAAGUUGAUGUAGUACUUGGAAACAUCAGACAGAGGUAUGUAAUUCCUUCUUUGACAGAAGAACAAACAUUUAAAUUUUGCUUCUAUUA